AUGGCGGCCUCCGCCGCCUCUUCCUCCUCCUCCCUCCGCAGCCGCCUCCUCCACUCCACCACCACCACCUCCAUCUUCUCCUUCCUCAACUCCGGCGACCUCUCCGGCGCCCUCUCCGCCGCCGCCGCCGCUGCCGCACCGCUCCCCUCCACCGCCCUCCUCCGCCUCCUCCUCCUCUGCUCCCACCGCCGCUCCCUCCCCUCCGCGCUCACCGCCACCUCCCUCCUCCCACUCUCCCCUUCCCCCUCCUCCACCUUCCUCCUCAACCGCGCCAUCGAGACCCUCGCCCUCUGCGGCGGCCUCGCCCACGCUCGCGCCCUGUUCGACGAAAUGCCCCGCCGCGACGGUGGCUCCUGGAACGCCCUCCUCGCCGCCCACGCCCGCGCCGCGCGCCCCGCCGACGCCCUCGCCCUCUUCGCCCGCAUGCGCUCCUCCGGAAUCAGCCCUAAAGGCGUCACCUUUGCCUCCGCGCUGAGCUGCUGCGCCGACCUCUCCGACCUCUCCUUCGCUGCGCAGCUCCACGGCCUCCUCCUCAAGCUCGGCUUUGGCUGCAACAUCAUCCUCUGCACCGCCCUCGUCGACGUCUACGGGAAAUGCCGCGUUGUCGACGAUGCACGCAAGGCGUUCGAAUCAAUGCCGAGCCCGAAUCCGGUCUCUUGGAACGUGAUCAUUCGCCGGUACCUCGAAGUGGGCCGAGGAGACGACGCCAUUUUAAUGUUCUUUAGAAUGAUUCAGACGGGCGCCGUCGUGCCUUUGAAUUUUACCGUCUCUAACGCUCUUCUUGCUUGCUCCGAUCAGUCGGCGCUGAUCGAGGGGAGCUUGAUACAUGGAAUGGUUGUAAAGAUCGGUUACGACCACGAUGCUCUCGUCAGGAACUCGAUUGUUGAAAUGUAUGCAAAGUGCGGGGCUCUUCGCGAUGCUCGUAGACUCUUUGAUGUUUCCGGUGGAAAAGACGUUGUGUUGUGGACUUCGAUUGUGUCGGGUUAUGUGUCGCGCGGGAGGAUCAGCGAGGCGGAGGAGUUGUUCGAACAAAUGCCCGAGCGAAAUGUGGUGUCUUGGAAUGCAAUGUUCGCGGGCUACGCCCAAUGGUCUUCGUGGGAAAAGGUUUUCUAUUUGUUUCAUAGGAUGAGGAAGGAAACAGAAGAAAUAGAUCUCGUCACCCUCGGUUUGAUUCUGAAUGCUUGCGCCAACCUAUUCGAUCUCGAGAAAGGGAGACAAGUUCACGGCUUCGCUUAUCGGCGUGGCUUUUCCUUCGAUCUCUUUUUUAGCAAUGCACUCCUGGGAAUGUAUGCCAAGUGCGGGCGUCUAAGAAGCGCCGAGAUCUUAUUCUCGAAGCUGGGUCCUAACAGGGAUAGAGUUUCAUGGAACUCUCUGAUCUCAGGGUAUGAGCGCCAUUGCCGGAGUGAAGAGGCCUUGAACGCUCUCACCGUGAUGCAGUCGGAGGCUUGUCCUAAUAAUUCGACAUUUAGCUCAGCCUUAGCCGCUUGCGCGAACAUCUUUGUGCUCGACCAGGGGAAGCAAAUUCACGGGAACAUGAUAAGGAAUGGGUUCGAAAUCGAUGACAUAGUUAGGGCAGCAUUAGUUGACAUGUACUCCAAGUGCAGGUUGAUAGAUUAUUCAAUUAGGGUUUUUAAAGAGAGGCGAUCGGAGGAUGUGGUCGUUUGGAAUUCGAUGAUACUAGGGUGUGCUCACAAUGCGAGAGGUGAGUACGGUCUUGAGUUGUUCGAAGAGAUGAGAGGCCAUGGGAUUAAAGCAGACAAUGUUACUUUUGUUGGUGCUUUGCUUGCUUGCAUAAGCGAAGGGUAUGUUAACCUGGGACAAACCUACUUUAAUUUGAUGAGUGAAGAAUAUGGUAUUAUACCUCGCAUCGAGCAUUACAAGUGUAUGAUUGAACUGUUUGGCAAGCAUGGGUUCAUGGUUGAGCUCGAGGAGUUUGUGGAACGAAUGCCGUUUGAGCCAACUAUUGCGAUGUGGACCAGGAUCUUCGACUCUUGUCGAGAAUAUGGGAAUAGAAGGUUGGGGGAAAGGGCUGCGAGGUGCAUUAAUGAGUCUAACCCCUUAAAUCCGGUUCGAUUUGAGGUCCUUAAUUCUGAAUCAGAUUUGGCUCUGAGAGAAUCGAUGGAUUGCACGUAAAAACUAUGGAUCGAGGUCAAUUUCAGUGUAUAGAUUCAUCGAAGGGCCCAAAUGCGGAUAAAUAUGCGAUAGCUCAGGAAAAUUCCGGUGAGAUGAAGCUGCAGCAUUUUAAAGGAUUGUGCACCGCACACUUCUAGCCAUUCAUUUUAUCUCCAGCUUCAGGCCCACCACAUACAGAAGAUCAUCGAUGAGGGUGUAGCCUUCAUUAGCGGACAAAAGGGUCGUCCUUGUCUCGAAAAUCUCUUUAGUUUUCGAUCAAGAGCGCAAAACUUUCAAAUUUCGACCGAUUUUGGAGUGUGCUUAAAUGGCAAGUACCGCGCAUGAUUCUCGAAUUUGCAACUUUCACGGACAGUAGUGCGGAAGAUAGAAUCUGAGAGAUCUCGAAGGAAGCCGAUCAUGCUGAGGUACGAAGUAAGAAAGGUAACAAGAACAUAUGUUAUCACAACUAUCAGCAAACAAAGUCUAUCUGAUUAGUGCUAUGUCAUAUGAUAACUACAUUUUUCCAUACAUGUUUUUGUCAUUUUUGUUUUUGUGUACAAAUUUAGAAUCCUUUUAAGUGAUGUGACCAAAUGAACUAUGUUUGGUA